AUGACGGAGCCUCAGGGCCCAGGAUCAUCAGCCUGCGUGGAGCCAACAGGAAACGAAGAGCAUGGGAAUAGGAGGAAAAGGAGAAGAGUAGUGGUUUGGACUCAUCAUCUGAUGAAGAGGUGGAUGAUGGAGAAUGGAGGGUUGGAGGCCACUGAUGUCUCUGAAUCUAAAGAGCUGGCCUCCUCCUGUCAGGAGAUUGAGGUGGAGGAGGUGAAAAAGGAAAAGAAAGAAGAGAAAAGGGAGGAGAGGAGAGAGGAGUCAGGCCCAGGCCCCCAGUAAAAAGGAGGAGAGGAGAGAGGAGUCAGGCCUAGGUCCCCAGUAAAAAGGAGGAGAGGAGAGAGGAGUCAGGCCCAGGCCCCCAGUAAAAAGGAGGAGAGGAGAGAGGAGUCAGGCCCAGGCCCCCAGUAAAAAGGAGGAGAGGAGAGAGGAGUCAGGCCCCAGUAAAAAGGAGGAGAGGAGAGAGGAGUCAGGCCCCAGUAAAAAGGAGGAGAGGAGAGAGGAGUCAGGCCCCAGUAAAAAGGAGGAGAGGAGAGAGGAGUCAGGCCCCAGUAAAAAGGAGGAGAGGAGAGAGGAGUCAGGCCCCCCAGUAAAAAGGAGGAGAGGAGAGAGGAGUCAGGCCCCCCAGUAAACUUUCUAGCUGCAACCGAUCUACGUUUUUGUUUUCCAUUUGUUUUGUCUGUAUUGUAUACACCUGGUUCCCAUCACGUUAAUUUGUUUCCCUAUUUAACCCUCUGGUUCCCUCUUGGUGUUGUGCGUGAUUGUUCUUUGUUUGGUGUUUAUACUGCUGUGAGCUGUUGUAUUUCCCUGUGUGGAAAUUAGAUUUGUUGUUUUUUCGAGUAAAGUUUGUCUAUUACUCAGUUCUGUGUCCUGCGCCUGACUCCGUUCUACCGCUGCACACUGACACCUGACACGUCUGAAGCUGCCAUUGCUGGCCGAGGAGCAGGUGAUCAUGGAGGCAGUAAGAAAAAACAGCUAUGUAGUUCUGUGUGGAGAGACAGGAAGUGGUAAAACCACCCAGGUACCCCAGUUCCUAUAUGAGGCUUGAUACUCCAGGUAACACACACAAACUCCUUCGUCUAAUCCACCACUGUCUUUUUGUACAUUUAUUUGGAAGCCUCCUUUCACUCCACUAAUAUCAUCAUAAUAUCAUCACUCUCCUUACCCCUCUCCCUCCUGUUUCUCUCCAGUGGAGUCAUUGGUGUGACAGAUUCUAGGAGAGUUGCAGCUGUCAGUGGCCAAAGAGAUGAACCUGUCCACAUGGUACACACACAACAAAAUGGUUAGUGUGUGGAUUUCGUCUCCAUUUGUGUUUGGUUCGGGUCUGUUGUUAGGGUGGUGUCGUACCAGAUCCGUUAUGAAGGGAUCGUGACCAGUGACACCAAGAUCAAAUUGUUGAAGGAGAUUCAGAAGGUAAUCCCUCUAUCUCUCUCCUUACUUUCCAUCCUUCCCUUCACUUGUUCUGUUCGUCCCUCUCCCUACCUAUUUUCACCCCUAUCCUUCUCCGUCUUUAUUGUAUGACCCCAUUCUAUCAGUCUUUUUGCCUCAGUUACUCAUGCUCUGUAAGGCUACGUCCUAAAUGGCAGUCUUUAUACUGCACUACUUUUGACCAGAGCCCUAAGUAGUUUACAACUAUUUCCUAUAUAGUGCACUACUUUUGACCAGGACCCGUGGUGCACUACUGUAUAUAGGGUACCAUUUGAGACACAGCCUCCGAGAUGAGGAAGUUUAAGAAAGCCAAACAGAAGAAGAAUGUGGUACAUACUACAUCCCCUCCCUUUGCUGAGGCGCUGGUGGCAGCAGAACAGUUACUGGUUUCACUGGGAGCACUGGAAGAGCCGCCACGCACCGGACGGUAAGAGGUUAAACCUGACUCACCCUACCUCACCCCCCCACCUCACCCUUCAGAUCCCCUACCACAUCCUCCACUCAACCUACCUCACGUAUCUCUGUAAUCCCCCAUGCUCCCCUCCUGCAACCAACCAACCCACACACCAAUCCAUCUCUCUCUCUCUGCUGUAGGGUCAAGGAGAUGGAGCAAGUGCGUUUGAAGUGUCCCAUCUGCCUCCUGGGCAGGGCAAUGGCGUCGUUCCCCAUUGCGCCGCGCUACGCUAAGAUGCUAGCGCUAGGGAAGAAGCAGGAAUGUCUGCCUUACGUCAUCACUGUGGUGGCUGCCAUGACAGUCCGGGAGAUCUUUGAGGAUCUGGACAGGUGGGGGCCAGGGCAGACAUAUAGGAAAUGUGUGGUUAUGGGAUUAUUCUGAAAAAAUGUGUGGUUAUGGGAUUAUUCUGAAAUACGUAAACAGAUUAGAAAAACAUGUAUUGCCAAUCAAACACAGGAUUUUGGUUUCAUGGCUUCCAGUGGUGGUCGGUGCCGUUUAAGAUGAGGAAGAAAACAUUUUUUUUAUGAGCAUGGCUUUAUUUCUAUUACAGCAUAUUAGUCCCAUGGGGCGGCGCACAAUUGGCCCAGCGUCGUCUAGGGUAGGGGAGGGAAUGGCUGGCAGGGGAUGUAGCUCAGUUUGUAGAGCAUGGCGUUUGCAACGCCAGGGUUGUGGGUUCGAUUCCCACGGGGGGUAUGAAAAAAGUAAUGUAUGCACUAACUGCAAGUCGCUCUGGAUAAGAGCGUCUGCUAAAUGACUUAAAUGUAAAUGUAAAUGUAGUCCCCUGUAGCUCAGUUGGUAGAGCAUGGCGCUUGCAACGCCAGGGUUGUGGGUUCGUUUCCCACAGGGGGCCAGUAUGAAAAUGUAUGCACUCACUAACUGUAAGUCGCUCUGGAUAAGAGCAUCUGCUAAAUGACUUAAAUGUAAAUGUAGUCCCCUGUAGCUCAGUUGGUAGAGCAUGGCGCUUGCAACGCCAGGGUUGUGGGUUCGUUUCCCACAGGGGGCCAGUAUGAAAAUGUAUGCACUCACUAACUGUAAGUCGCUCUGGAUAAGAGCAUCUGCUAAAUGACUAAAAUGUAAAAUGAUGACUGUCAUUCAUAUUCCAUUCACCCAGCUCAAUGUAACAUCGAUAGGUUUAGGCUACUACAUGAUACUCACAUUUUCCUUAUACCCAUCAUGAGGUCGAGAGAAAAAUGUGAGUUAUCCAGACAGUGACACAUUCAAUACCGCCUUGCACACUCUUGCCUGCAUCUAGCUGAUCUAGGGUGUAAUCAUUAGUCAAACAAUUGCAAACGAGAGUUUCUAUUGGACAAAUUUACAUUUACAUUUUAGUCAUUUAGCAGACGCUGUUAUCCAGAGCGACAGGUAUGUUGAUCACUGUUUCGUUCUGUUUGCUUCCGUUUAAGAUUUUUUUUUAAUACAGAAUCGGCAGAAUGAAUACACCCAUGAUCACUGCAAAUACAGUUCCCUUUCAUAGCAGCCACAUACAAACAGCAUGAUCAUUUGCUCGUUGUAUAAUUCCUUCUCGCAUCUAUGCACUCUCCUCCUCUCACCUUUUCACUUCGCUUGUGGACUUCAGUGCACAAUACAACAGCUGUCUGUGACCAGCCAAAAAAAACUUCCCAAGCCAAACCUUCAUACCAUAACCGCUAACUGCUACACACAGCCUACAUCGUUGUCACCUAACAUCAUAGUCAACAUAGCUAGCUACUAGAACUAACGUGUUAAUAAACCCCCUACAAUCAUGCUGUAGAGUGUACAGCAAGCAGUUUAGCAGUUACACCGGCAGGCCCCGGUGGCAAUAAAUUAAUAAAACCAAAAGCUUACCUUAAUAAUAAUAUGCCAUUUAGCAGACGUUUUUAUCCAAAGCGACUUACAGUCAUGUGCGCAUACAUUUUUACGUAUGGGUGGUCCCGGGGAUCGAACCCACUACCCUGGUGUUACAAGCGCCAUGCUCUACCAAUUGAGCUUCAGAGGACCACCACCUUGACUUGGAAGAGUUCGUGUUGGAUAGCCAUAUACAGCUAGCUAACAUAGCAUCCCUCUCUGUUUGAGCUGGGUGUUUCAGUAGGCUACACUGGCUAGCUGCAUUCGCUAGCUAGGUAAGUGAAAGUAAAAAUAAAUACUACAAAAUCUCUCUCUCUCGCUUCUCCUUCAUUUUUGAAGAAAUUAAUUUGUUCAAAACUGUUGAACUAUUGUCUUUCUCUCUUUGAGUCAACUACUCACCACAUUGUAUGUACUGCAGUGCUAGCUAGCUGUAGCUUAUGCUUUCAGUACUAGAUUCAUUCUUUGAUCCUUUGAUUGGGUCGACAACAUGUCAGUUCAUACUACAAGUGCUCUGAUAGGUUGGAAGUUGUCAUAAUUACUGUUUAAGUCUGUGGAAGGGGCUGAGAAACAUGAGCCUCCUAGGUUUUGUAUUGAAGUCAAUGUACCCAGAGGAGUACAGAAGCUAGCUGUCCUCCGGCUACACCAUGGUGCUACCCUACAGAGUGCUGCGGAGGCUACUGUAGACCUUCAUUGCAAAACAGUGUGUUUUAAUCAAUUAUUUGGUGACGUGAAUGUAUUUAGUAUAGUUUUAUCUAAAAAGGAUAACUUUUAUAUUGUUUCAGUAUUUUUAUAAAAUUCAGUGAGGAGGAUGGUCCUCCCCUUCCUUCGGAGGAGGAGCCUCCACUGAUGGCUUCAUUUUGAAAUGCAUAUUUAAAUAAGAUCCUUUGCAUCUCUCCACUCUCUCUCUCCACCAUCUCUAUUGGUCUCCUCUCUCUCUCCACUAUUGUCCCCUGGCCCAGACCUGCUGGAAGUGAGGAUGAAAGCUCCAGGAUGGCCCAGCGUCGAGCCCGGCUGGUCCAGAUGAGGAGGCUGUCAGCUGGGCAGGGAGCCUCUCUAGUGCUGGGGGACCUUGUGGUCCUGCUGGGUAAGGCUGGAGUGUGUGUGCAUGAUUGUGUAGUGUUGUUUCCCUUUGUGUGUGCACUGUACUGCUUGUGUAUGUAUGCCUGUGUUAUGGUUUACCUCAGGUGCUGUGGGUGUGUGUGAGUUUGCCGGCUGCACUCCUAAGUACUGAGGUACAAAGCCAUGCUGGAGACCAGAUGACUUAGAGGACAGCUCACCAACGCAGGUACACACACACACACACACACACACACACACACACACACACACACACACACACACACACACACACACACACACACACACACACACACACACACACACACACAGACUCACACUGUCCUCUCCACAGUGAACUAAGUGUGUCCAGAGGUAGGUGUGUUUGUGGACUGUAAGAUGGCUCUGCCCACUGAGAGCCAGGUGGUGUGUUUACGUCAGAUAGUGCUGGCGGGACUGGGAAACCACCUGGCCAGACGGGUACAGCAAGAUGAACUACUAGACCCAAAAUGGAGGAAUGGAUACAAGGUGAGUUCACCUAUUAAAUUAGAUUAUCCUCAGUGAUCAGAGAGGAGGUUUAUGUUUAUGGUUGUGUGUUACUUAGUCCCAUUUCUGAUCCUGCUUGUUGAUAGUGUUGUUUUUGAGUUGUGUUAACCCUUUAGAUGUCUCUCACUCUCUCUUUCUCUGUUUCAGACCCCACUCCUGGAUGAGCCUGUCUACAUCCACCCCUCCUCAGCCCUGUUUAAAACCCUGCCUCAGUUUGUGGCCUAUCAGGAGGUCUUGGAGGCCACCAAGAUGUACAUGAGAGGUAGGUGAAACUCUACCACUGAUAUGGUACAGUUUAAUGUAAUCAGUAUUCCAUUAUGCCAACAGCUGUUAACUGGAGACUGGUCUCUCUCAGGUGUGUCAGCGGUAGAACCAGAGUGGGUUCCCCAGCUCCUCACCCAGUACUGCCAUUUUGGCAAUUUUUCGGGCCUUCCUCUGACACAGCCUGAUAUAAAGGUCCUAGAUGGCAGGGUGCUAGGCCCUAGUGAUGUACUGGGCCGUCCACACCACCCUCUUUAGCGCUUUGCAGUCUAGGGCGGUGCAGUUGCCAUACCAAGCGGUGAUGCAGCCAGUCAAGAUGCUCUCAAUGGUGCAGCUGUAGAACUUCUUCAGGAUCUGAAGGCCCAUGCCAAAUCCUUUCAGCCUCCAAGGGAGAAGAGGCACUGUCGUGCCCUCUGCACGACUGUGCGGGUGUGUGUGGACCAUGUUAGGUCCUUAGCAGUGGAGGCUGCUGAGGGGAGAAAAGCUCAUAAUAAUGGCCGGAACGGAGCAAAUGGAAUGGCAUCAAACACCUGGAAACCAUGUGUUUGAUGUACUUGAUACCAUUCCACUUAUUCCGCUCCAGUCAUUACCACAAGCCCGUACUCCCCAAUUAAGGUGCCACCAACCUCCUGUGGUACUUAGUGAUGUGGACUGAGGAACUUGAAGCUCUCGACCCACUCCACAACAGCCCUUGUUUGCUGUAGUCCAGCUCCUUUGUCUACUCCCUCACACUACACAAUAUACCACAUAGGAGGGUCUGUGUUGAUGCUAAAUGUUGUUGUUCCUCUGUCUGUCAGGCUCCAGCCCAGGACUGAGGCUCUGCUGGGAGCUCUGGUGUCAAAGAGA